UACAAACAUUGUUUUCGUGAAGGUGUAGAGCUCUUAACGUAAUCAUGCUAUAUCCUAAAUGGGUCUUGUCAUUUUUACUUUUGUGUUGCGUUUGUGACAUCAUCUGCAAACCUACUGACCAUGACGUAACACAGGGCCGGGGAAUUAGUUCUACUGUAUGGGGUUGGAUAACAUACCCUUUCUCGUGGUGGAGUUCAGAAGAAGCAAAACCACCUGUCAAUGAUAUGCUCAUUGGUUUACCCACACAGAUACCUCCUAACAGUAUAGAAGUGAGUACUCACAAUGUUACGGUGUGGUGUAACGAUCAGCUAUGUACAACUAUGAGAUGUUUCAAUAUUGGGUGCAAGUACACUAUCUGCAAUAUUUACGAUACUGAUUUAAAUGGGGAAUGUCGGGAGUAUGUUACAAAACCUCAAGAAACCACAUCUUCGAAACCUACUGAACCUACUUCCAAGUCAACAGCACAUGACCAAAAAACAGAAGCAACUACGAUGUCCUCUCAAACAAUUAUUGCAAUAACGCCCAUUCCGAACAGCAGUCAAGCAAUAAACGAGCGUCCCUUAGCACUUGAAGCCGCAUUAUCUUCUACAGUGAUCGAUAGUGAUAAACCAAAUCCAAACGAACCUGCUAAAAAUCAAUUUUAUAAUGAUAAGGUGUAAGCAUUGCAGAACCUGAACCAGGCUCGUCGUUGUUGCAUGAAACAAACAUAUUUAUAUCAAAUUAUAUUCAAUCAAUAAUGGAAGAUUAUGCAACCACACUGACAAACAAAUUAAUACAACAUUUAAAUAUAGAUUCGGUUUGUGUUAAAGGCGUUUGUUAUUACACUGUUUGUGAAAGUGACAAUUGCAAAUUACGUCACUGUAAAUACUAUUUAUUAACGAAUCAAGAGAUGUGUACUAUUAGAGUAUCAAAUCCAAUUGAAGUGAUGCUAACCAAAAAUAAAGUUGCUAGUGUCAAGCAGAACAAGAAUAACAUUACUAAUAAUAAUGAAAGUAAUGAAAUACAAAUUAUAAAUAAAAUUCUUAACAAAUAACUGGCUGUAUUUAAAAUUUUGUUCUAAUGCGUUGAGUAAGUCACGUCAUUAAGUCAACAUAAUGUUUACUUAUCUGUAACAAUCCUGAUAAGAAGCUAAAUAAUUUAUUAUCACAGUUACACAUUAACGGUCUUACCACACAAUAUUUAAAACUGUUUCUCUAAACAGUACAGUAUCUAAACAGUAGUAAGAAAACUCUAUCUAGGGUAUAAAAUAUUACUUAGUCAGUAUAAUAAUGUUUAUUUGUAAUCUUAUGUGUGAAAAUCUAUAAAUUAUUAUUAUAAUAAUAAAAUUUACUACUUUAAA